GAAAACAGCUGAAAGUCUACGGUAAGAGCAAAGAAGCGAAGGGCCAGGUUCCGGGUGGUCGACCUGUGGUUAAAGGCUGCCUCUCCCAAACAGGGUAGAAGUUGUGGAUGCGGAAAUAUACGAGGUGCAUGCCAGUGGCGAUUCAUGACGGACGCUGGAAUAAAAACAGUGAAAGCACUGCCCUGGUAGCUCGUAACCACUAACAAACAGAAGAGCCAAGGUUCGAGCUACGGUAUAACCGAUGCAUACAUAAGCAAAGUAUAUUGAUGACGUCCUACAUGUUCAUAACUGAAGCGCAACUCCAAACGUUGGCACGCGUCCGCAGAACAGAAGUUUGGCUCCCGAACUCCCGCAUACGCACGUCUGAACUAGGGCCAGUGCGACGCCAUACUCUAACCUCGUUUUCCCCGCAAUCCCGUGACCUCGCUGACAUUAAAAACACGUGAGCGCAAAGAUAACACAAACUUUCGACAGAAGCAAUACGCUACAAGGCUGAAUGACAAAUUUUCUGCAGGUGUGGUUGGGUCGGCGAAAUGUGACUUGCAGAUGGGCACCACCACCUUUUUAUCUUAUCUAUGCGGGCUAUGCUGUGUGGAAAGUACACUGCAGGCUCCCUAAUGACAUCAACCGAACAAUCACAUCGUUCCCUGCACUAUGGCGAUCGCCGUCCCAAAUGCUU